ACUCGCAGGCAGCAGUGUGUCGCUCGACGUGCGCUCCAACAUGAAUUUCGACAGGGUGGUCUUCCAAGGGCUGCAGGGGCCUCUGUCGGACAGUCUGCACAAGGACUUCACCAACCUGUUCCGCAAGGGCUACGUCAGGGCCAACGGGGGCGUCAUGCCCGAGUACUUCCAGGAGUUCGCCGAGGACAUCAAGAACUUCAACGUGCGCUCCGACGACGCGUUCGUCUGCAGCUUUCCCAAGACAGGCACCACCUGGACGCAGGAAAUGGUUUGGUGUAUUGCCAACGACCUUGACUUUGAGGCGGCAAAGGUGCCACUUCAGGUUCGCUUCCCAUUCCUCGACCACACAACGCUCUUUGACUACGAAGACCUGCUGUCCACGCGUCCCGACGUCGUCUUUCCACCCCACGUUCUGGACUCAAUCGGAUUCCUGGACAACUUCCCGUCGCCCAGAUUCAUCAAGACGCACUUCCCGUGGCCCCUGCUGCCGAGGCAAAUUGUCGAGAAGAAACCAAAGAUGAUUUACGUGGCAAGGAACGCGAAAGACACCUGCGUGUCUUACUAUCACCACUCGCGCCUGCUGGAAGGCUACCGCGGCUCCUUUGACGACUUUUGCGAGCUCUUUUUGGGAGACUCCCUGUGCUUUGCGCCUUUCUGGUCUCAUGUGCUGGAAUUCUGGCAUAGACGAAACGAGCCGAACUUUUUGUUCAUCAAAUAUGAGGACAUGAUAAAGGAUUUGCCGUCGGUGAUCAGAACCACAGCCGACUUCCUCGGCAAGAAACUGUCCGAUGAGAAAGUGGCAAUCCUCACCGAGCACCUGAGUUUCAACAGUAUGAAAAACAACCCAUCCGUGAAUUACGAGGACGUUGUCGAGAUUAACCGCAAGUACAAUUUGAUCGACAAGAAGGAGAUCGAAAAGGGUUCGUUCAUGAGAAAGGGCAGCGUUGGCGACUUCAAGGGUCAAAUGUCCAAGGACAUGGUCAGCCGGUUUGACGACUGGACUGAGAAAAACCUUAAAGGGACCGGACUUUCUUUCAAUGUGUAAAUAUAAAAAUAAGCGAUUUAUUGUACCAUAGGAAAUAAAAUAAAAUGAUUUUGUAGAUUAAAUCCUCAAGUUUAUAGAAAAUAAACAGUUUUAUCAUUUGA